GGUGUUCCGUUAUAGUUUGUUUUUCGAGAAGCUGGAAAAAUCGCAAUUUUGUGUAAUUUCCCCGGUUUCUCGCGUAUAAUGACCACGCAAGGUUUGAAGAGCUGCUUCACCUGCUUCCGGAGAACGGAAAAUUUUCUCAACAUCACCAAGAAUGACACCGCCAGCGGAGAAAACGUGGAGGAAAUUUUCGCCAAGCAUUUUUGGUUUACCCGCGACGAGUUUCUGAAUCGUAUAGUUUGCACUAGCUGCUGGGAAAAGAUUGACGAAUUUCACAAAUUCUACUGCGAAGUUGAACGAUUCCAUGCACCGGAUAUGAUACUGGAGGUGAAGAUGGAAACGAGCGACGAAACACCAACGGAUAGUGCGAUGUUUCUGUCGGAAGUUGACUGUAUAGCACAGGACGACACGAAAACGUCAGGGCUGAAGGCUGCCCUGGAGGAAAUCGAUGUUGGUGGCAGUCAAAUGUUUGUGGAAGCAGUCUACCAACCGGAAGACACAAAAUCGCCACUGAAAUCAGAGGAAAAACACGAACCAAGGGACGAAACGAAAGUCAAAAAAUCCACCAAACUCGGCGGCGGCGAUGACAAAGGCAAAGACGCCAAGAAUAAAGACGGCGACAAUGAAGACGACGACGACGACAGCGGCGAGGAAGAAGAAGACGAUUCCGACCUUGAUGCAGAUUACAAGCCACCGACCAAGAAGAAAAAGGUUAAAGUCGAACAGUCGGAAUCGGAACCGGAGCGUGAUGUACGGGCGGCGCGUGGUGGUGCAACGAAACGACCCCGACAAAAGAAGCCAACGGAAGGCAACGACAAUUUCACCUGUCACAAGUGCAUCGUUGCCGGUACGGACAAGGGAGAAACAUUUUCCACUUUCUAUAAGUUGAAACAACAUUUCCAACAAAUGCACGAUUCGCCCUGCUACUUGUUCUGCUGCGACAAACAGUGGACAUCGUCGCGAAGCUAUAAGAUGCACAUCAGCUUUCACAGUGGAAAUCCGAGAACCAAAAGUAACAAACGGAGGUGCAUCGAGUGUUGCCGAUGGUUCAAGGAUGAGGGUUCUUUUGCCGAUCACAUGGCUCUGGUUCAUACACCCGAGGAGGAAAAGCGGUUCAAGUGCGAUCGCUGCCCGAAAGCUUUCACGGGGGAGGAUCAACUCAACAGUCACAUCAAAUGGCACGAUGAGGUCGAGCAACGGAACCAUCAUUGUGCGUUGUGCAAUCGAUACUUCCUGAACAUAGGAAAUUUGCAUAAUCAUAACCAAAGUCAUCACGGAAGUAAGCCGCUGGCGGGUGAAGCAGACGAUAAGGACGAAAGCGAGCCGGAAUCAUCGGAGAAACCGAUCGAGGAAGCUAAAAAGAGUAACAAAAAAGGUUCCGAUUUCCUACCGAAACGUGAACGAAGCACUCCGGAACAAAUCGCCGAACAGGAAGCGCUAAUUCGUCAAAUCGUUUCGCUGAACUGUACUCGAUGUGAGUUUGUUAGUGAUUCCUACACUAAGCUAGCCUAUCACAAUCGAAAGUUUCACAAGGAGACUGGCGGAGCGAUUCACUGCUGCGAACGUCGUUUCGACUGUCGACUGCGUCUGUACGAGCACUGUUUGCGUCAUCUGAAUCCGGAUCACUUCAAGUGUGAACUGUGCGGUAAGGUUUUCAAAGACAGUCAGGGUUUGCAACAUCACAACUGGUGGAUUCAUACGCCGGCUUCGGAACGGCCCUACAAGUGUGACAUUUGCGGGGAUGCGUUCGUUAAGGAUUACCAGCUGAAGCAGCACGUCGAGCGGCAUAUAGAGAAGGAACGUCAGACGCAUACUUGUGAUCAGUGCGGUCGUAUUUACACAACGGGGUUGCAGCUAAAGAAGCACAUGCAAAGACAGCACGGAGCGUUGAGCGAUUGGGUUUGCGACGUGUGUGCGAAAGGUUUCAGCCACCGGGUGCUUCUUGAGCGACAUCGUUUGACGCAUAGCGAGGAGGGUAUUGCUAAACUGCGGAAACAGUGUGAGAAGUGUGGCAGAUGGUUAUCGAACAUUCGGAACUAUCAGCGCCAUAAGCGGUUCUGCUACGAUACCAGUGGACCGGUUAAGUGCGAGAUUUGUGGGCUGGUUUCGGUUAAUGAGGCUGCGCUGAGAACUCACAAUCGGUUGCAUCAUUCCAACAAACCGAAGUAUGCGUGUAGUUACUGCGGAAAGGAGUUUAAGAAGCAGAUUCGUUGCAAGGAACAUGAAGCUAAUCACACCGGGGUGGUGCUGUACAGGUGCCCAUACUGUCCGCGAAUGUGUAAUUCUAGUUCGAACAUGUACACUCACAAGAAGACGGCCCACCCGGAGCAGUGGGCGGAGACGGUUGCUGCAAAAAUUUUCAAACCGACGUAGAUUUUUUUCUGGGUGUGUGUAUGCAUUACGGGCCGAUUAGGUAAGUACACUCUAUUUUAAUCUUUUAUGAUAAUCAUUAUAUAAAUGGGAAAUAAAAGCUCCAGAUUUGGGUUUGGAU